AUGGCUGUCUCAUUUAAGCGUAUUUGUUCUGAUGUGAAUAUCAGUGGACCAGAUUAUAAGAAAAAAGAAUUGGUUUUUAAAUUAACUGAUAAUAAUACUAGUAGUAAAGUGUCAUCCAAUGCUUCUUCUUCUUCUUCGAAAAAUGGAAGCGCUGAUGUUGGUUUGCAAAAUUAUAAGAAUUUUAUAAAACAAUAUUCAUGCUCAGAUCAAAAUACUACAAGUAUGGACUCAGAUGAAAAUUUAGGUGUAUUUACAAAAUCAUCGAGUAAUUAUAGAUAUAAUACUGAUUCUAACGAUUUUAAUGAUACUAAUACUAUUACUAAUACCAACAAUAAUGACAAUAAUAAUGACAAUAGCAUAAAAGAUGAAACUAUAAGGAGGUCAUCUAUAAAUUCAAGAUCUGGCUCGUUCUCGGUUUCUCAAAGAAAACAUUCACAACUUUUCAGAGAUGAUUUAGUUGCAAGGGAGCGCUGUUUUGAUUACAUCACACAAUGUAUAGAUGAAGUCUGGGGACGUUAUUGUAAUACUACUGCAAAUGCUGAGGCGCUGGUCUAUGGCGAUUCAAGCAAUAAAAACAAUUACCCAAUUUCACCUGCUUCUUUGUCUUCGAACUCACCAGUAUCUUACAAUACAACUACAAUUGGCACUAACAGUGAUAGGACCACGUCCAAUGAUGAUUUUCUAUCUAUGAAGCCAAAAGUAACAAAUAAACAAAUAAAGUCAUUUAAUUCAAACACCUGUAAGCCAUUGGUUCUUACCGAUAAUGAACUUGAAGAAGGAUCGGAUUACAGUUGUGAAUCCGAUUACGAAGACUAUAAAUCGGAAGUAACAAAUAUCACAGAAUAUGAAACCGAUAGCGGCUCGGAUGUGAGAACCGUUUCGAAUCUACCAGAUUCGGUGAAAUUACAAUCGCUGAAAUGUAGAUUGGCUAGAGCAAAAGAAGAUUUGGAGGAUAUUUAUGAUUCAAAUGAAUAUCAAGACUGUGUUGAUUUCUGGAGACGUUGGGAUAUGCUGAAAUACAACGCUGUGGAAAUGAUGGAAGAUGACGAUGAUGAUGACGUCAUCGAGUCUGCGAUCGAAGAAUUAGAAAUGGGCAGAUUUUAUAGAGAAGUGUAA